AUCAAGCCGUUUUAAACGCAUUUCACUUAAUUAUUAACUAAUUAGCAGUUGAUUAGAUCGUCAUAAGUGUUAGUUUGCUUCGUUAAACCGUCCAAGAUCGCAAGAGUCGAUAAUUCACGUUAAUUUAAGCUGUUUUGCGGUUUUCAAGCGCGCGUCGACAUUUUUCCUGCUAUUUUCCGAGCACAGCACAGAGAAAAUGCUGCCGUGGCGAACUUGCCGAUGCAGAGCUUUCGAUUUUGUGUUUUGUUGAAGUGAAGUGACGUGGAUCGUGCGGAAUUUUUGUUCGAUGAUGAUAAAGUAGGACCCAGAGUGGAAAUAUUGAUUAAGGUUCUCCAACACUAGCACUUGAAGCCCGUUCGGUCCUACGCGAAUAAAUCAUCUCGGACGAAAUGCGAUCCAUUUUGCUCAUCACGAGGCACAGGAAGGUCUUAAACAAGAAAUUCGAAAAUAGGUGAUCAUGCUUUCAUACAGGACGACAUCCCAGAGCUAAUCUGGUAUGCAGUGGCGGAAAUUGGCGCGCUCGAAGAUCACAUCCGGUCGUUCGCGCACGCGCAAUAUGCUCUGCUGUGGUCGCAGGAAGGAUAAUGGGCGAGAGGCUUUGGAUCUCACAGCCUCUCCGCUGCGGGCGCCUCCGGCCCCUAACAACAGGACCAACCAUCCGCCCAUGGUCAUUCAGGGAGACUUCAGGAAGGUAUCAGGAAUCAGUAGUGAUAUUUUCAAGCAGAUAGAAGCCGUAGAAAACGAUCACGAUGCUUCAACUGCGGCCGCCUUGGAGCACGUGGAAAGGCUCGGAGAGAUGAUCGUAAGGAUCUUGGAUUCGAGACACUUGGGCAGAUCGGCAGGCGAUGCGGCAAAGAGGUUUUUAGCAAUGCAAGAUGGAAAGCACACAGUGCAGUUCGUGGAAAUCGUGAAAAGGCCGGGACAAACACUGGGUUUAUACAUACGGGAAGGCAACGGAAUUGACAGGAACGAUGGCGUAUUUAUAUCGAGAAUAGCUCUGGAAUCUGCCGUCUACAACAGUGGAUGCCUUAAGGUCGGCGACGAGAUUCUGGCGGUGAAUUUGGUAGACGUGACUCGGAUGAGCCUAGACGACGUCGUCAUAAUAAUGUCGAUCCCACGAAGACUGGUCCUAGCGACGCGGCAGCGAAAAGGCAGCAAAGGAGGACAAAGUUCGCCAAACGUACAGCCCCGAUCCGAACACAAACCCCCUCCCGUCGUUGUGAUAAAGCGAGACUUACGCGAAGACGAACCCGACGAAGGCGAUCUCGGACAACACAGGGAAUCGAUGCGUCAGAGGCACACCGGUGACGGCAGAGAGAUGAGCGAGUCCCGCUCUCGGCUCGGCCUCGGCCUGCCGUCGAUGGACUCCCGCCACUCGGCCCAGGACAGCAACGGCCUGGACCUGUACUACAACUCGCGGCCGCCCGACGCCGGCACCUGGGGCUACCAGCCGCCGCCGCCCGUCAUCACCGAGCAGCCAAAGUCCAGCAUGCAGCACUUCCAGCCCUACGAGCGCAGCUACCCCAACACGCUGGAGAGCCUCGCCGAGAAGGUGCACUCGUUCGCGCUGCCCGGCCGCCGGAUGUCCGCCGGGGCGCAGCCCUUGCCGUCAAGAUUGUCAUCACAACAAAGCCCUUCAUCUCAUUAUUACGUUCAGCACACCGGAACGGGCAGCCGGCGAAUCAUGCCCCGUUCCGGAUCCGAUCAGCACCUCCCCCACACGGAAUACUCAGACUAUACCAGUAUCACUCAAGCUGGUAGACACAGCCUUUUAAGAUCUAGCCUCAAAUCCGGAUCAACCCUUAGCAGGUACAACCAGAGAUACGUGGACCAAGCGGCCGUGGCCGCUCAGUUGGCUCAGGCCAAGUAUGGAUCCUCGGCCUCGCAGUACGGCACAAGCAGCGCACUCUCCAGGAGGAACAGGAGCAGUCUGGACUAUUCGAGCGACACGGAGGCCACGGCCGGCCCCAGGAGCAGCUACUACUACUACAGGAAUCAGAGUUCAGUUCCCCACAGCACAAUACCCACAUUAGGAAGGCAAAAUUCCCUCACAUCGACCGAUAUUACAACAAAAUUCAACUCGCUCCCACGUGAUACCCGAGGGUCGACUAGAUUGGCCAUGAAUAAAAGAUUCGGAGAUAGGAGCGUCGGUCUUUUACAAGAUGAAUCGGAUGGAACUCUCUCCGCACCAGAAAUGCCUUCGAUACGAAGGGACAGGGGGCGGAUACCCUCGUCACCUAGUGUAUUCACUUCAGAUGAGUACAGACAGUGGUUGAGCCGAACACCCUCAACGUCGGCUAUUUACGAGCAGAUCAGAGCGUCCCGAGACGUCCUGAAUCAGCAAAGAGCAGCCAGGUUCACUUACAGCGCCGAAAACAUCCACGACGCACUGAAAAACAUUGAAGGGGGCUACUACGGCUCAUAUGGGAGACCAGGUACCACAUCGACAUUAGACAGACAUUUUACACGAUCACAACAUCCCUCAGCCCCUGCUAGGUCAUUAUCAACGCAACACAUCACCUCAUCAUCACCGUUGAGCUCGUCGCGCUCGCCUUCGAUGCGUCGGAUGAGGCAGCUGCUCGACCUGGACUCGGUGCGGUCGGGCGCCGCUCCCAGCCCGGUCCCCACGCCCAGCGGCACGCUACCCAGAGGACACAGGCAGCUGGACAUCAACCCGGCCGAGUUCCUCAAGUACAAGAUCGAAAAGCCCGGACUUCCUUCGGGAAGUUCGAUACACGGGCUGUCGUCGCUGACGGGGGCGGGCGGGGCUCUCAGUUCGAUCUCCGACGAGCCUGUCAGCGGCAUGUUAUGGGUCCACUUAUUGGCUGGCAGAGGUUUAAGAGCGUCGACUGGAACGUCGACCGCAACUACUCCUGUCACUCCCAGCGGAACGUCGCCCAGUAUUAGCGGUUCGACCGGUUUACGUGAUUUGUAUUGUGUACUGGAGUGCGAUAGAGUCCAUAAAGCGAGGACGGUGGUAAGGACAGGCGAUUUAGUGUUCGACUGGGAUGAAAGCUUCGAAUUGGAUUUGGUCAACAACAGAGAACUGGACCUUCUAAUCUACUCCUGGGAUCCACAAUACAGACAUAAAUUGUGCUACAAAGGAUCAGUAUAUUUACCAACUCUCUUAAAGUCGGGCCCGAUACACCAACUUGCUCUUAAAAUCGAACCAAGGGGAACUUUAUACUUGAGGCUGCGCCACACGGAUUCCCAAACACUUUACAGACGGAAAGCUUCGUCGACUUUGUCACUAUCGAGGACGGCGCCUUUGUUCGGCGUCGACCUGGAAUCGGUGGUUAACCGGGAAAGUAAAACUGGGGGAGUUCCCGGAGGGGUUGCCACCGGUCUUGUUUCUAGCACUCAACAAAUUCCUAUUAUCAUAAAACGAUGCGUAGAAGAAGUAGAGAGAAGAGGUUUAGAUAUCAUAGGUUUAUAUCGUCUUUGUGGAUCAGCAACUAAGAAACGUAUCCUUCGAGAGGCCUUUGAACGUAACAGUCGAUCAGUAGAUUUAAGUCCGGAUAACGUCCCAGAUAUCAACGUAAUAACGGGAGUGUUAAAGGAUUAUUUAAGAGAACUUCCAGAACCUCUAUUCACCAAAUGCCUAUACCAGAUGAUGGUUGACGCGCUCGGUGUUUGUCUUCCCGAUGAUCCUGAAGGCAAUGCCAAGCUCAUGUUCUCCAUUCUAGACUGUCUGCCGCGGAUCAACAGGGCUACGCUGAUCUUCCUCAUGGAUCACCUGGCCCUCGUCGUUUCCGCGUCCGACAGGAACAAGAUGUCUGCUCAAAACCUAGCCACCGCCCUCGCCCCUCCACUCAUGCUACAGUCGAGCGACACCCUCACCCCCACCGCCAGCACGAAGAGCUUCGACCUGGACUACCACCAGCCCAUCAACGUCCUAAAGUACCUACUCCAGAUAUGGCCUACUCCCAAACAUCACUCAGGUCGUCGCGGCAGGCCACCCGGGCCGCGUGGAGACAAUCGCAGUGCGUGUCCUCCGGGACUGCAGGCUCAGGCGCGAGAGCAGUCUCGGCUCUCAGCGGCUCCGUUUCCUCCUCCUCCUCGCUCAGCAGUCUCGGGCCCGCGAGGCCCACAGCAACCGGGCCCAUCACUCCAGAUACUAGGCCAAUCAUCAGCAAGCAAAGGUCCUUACCGUCCGCUCUCUCCUCGAGUCGGCCCACAAGCAGCAGCAACCGGUCUCAAGCCGCGUCAGGUGAUAGUCUCUUCUCCAGGUUCGCCAAGCAGCAGUAGCGAUUCCCAGUCGGGCUCCGACUCCGUUAAACACUGCCUGCCCAGCCGCGUCAGUUCGCCGGCCAUCCGCGCCUCCCCAUCCAGCCAGACCAUGAUGAUGCGGAGCUCCCCGUCGGUGACCAUCAGUUCCCCCGGCGUGCGAAACUCGCCGUCGACGACGUCGGUGAACUCGCCCGGGCCCCGCAACUCGCCGUCCGUGUCGAGCCUGAGCCGGGCGUCGCCGUCGAUCCUCGGGGGCGGCGUGUCGCGGUCGAGCUCGCCGGCCAUGCAGUCGACGUCGGCGGGGCUCAACGUGACGUUGGGCACCACGACGCCGAGCUUCUCGACCCUGAGCAGCCUGCAGAGCACCAUCUCGAAUAUCAGUACGACCGCCAGCACCAUGUUCGGGCUGGGUUACACGCCGACGACGUACGCCAGCACUAACCCGUUCCUGACGGGGGCGUACCUGAACUACACGCCGGGGGAGUUGGGCUACGGGGACAAGUUCAACACGAUCAGUACCAUCAAGGAGACGAAGUCGUUCUUCGAGAACUACUCGAGCGAGUCGAAGUACUCGAGCAAGCCGAGUUACGAGAGCAGCGAUAUUUUUCCCACGACAGACACCAAAUACAACACCAUCGGCAGCAAAUAUCCCGAAAAGACGAGUUAUCUGAGCACCACUUACACUUCCGACAAGUACAGCCCGGGGAGGGAGUCCAAGUCGGGCAGCAGCUUCGAUACCAGUCCGAACGUGACGCAGAGUAACAGUUCUGCUUUGUUGAGUAUCGAGGAUACUCCGACGCCCACGAGCAGUAUCGAGACGGAAGACAGCAACACGAGGGAGGUUGGCGAGAAGGACGUGGAGGGUGACGGUGAACAAAGCGACUGAAUCAUUAGCGCGUUGGGCACAAAACACUUUUUAUUGUGGCAGCACUGUAUAAAAGACAAAAUUUAGGGUAACUCACCAUCAUCGAUGUAAUUUACCAUUUGAUCACAUGAUGACUAUAAAUACGAAGAGAACGUCUUAGAUAUAAUACUAUAUGUACUUGCUUAUUAGAAUCAAACUAAAGAAUUAGGAUCAUUGUUAACUAAUAUUUAAAUUAUAUACGAUAUACAUAUAAUUUUAGUUGGUAGAUCAAAUAAAAUAUUUAUUGAAUAGAGAGGUAUCUACGUGGAAAAUUUAGACAAAUGGUUGUUGCGUGUUGCACAAUUUUAUCAGUUUUUUAUUUCGAAGUGUGAUAUACUCACCCCUUGUUUUUUCGAUUGAUGUUUUUACGUUUCUUUUUUACUUGGAAGAAUAAUGAUUGCACAAAGAUUAAGAGUAAUGUAUAAAAUAAAUUGUCACUGCCAUAUACCGUAUGUAAUUAGGCAGAUUUCCAUUUUAGAAAAUUAGAAACAUUUGUACGCGAUUUUCAACAUUUAUUAACACACUGUGUAGUGUGUUCGGAAGUAUCCUGUCAUCAUCAACGGGUCAUUCAUAAAAUAGAGACAAAUCCUACACGAUUUAGUUCAAAUAUUAUGUACAUUAGGAGUUAAAUGUAUAGUACAAACCUACCCAAAGGAAAAUCCUUUUUCUAACUCGCAUGGUAUACAUUUUUUUCUUAUAUAUUUGCAGAUUACGUGUCGUUAGAUGUAGUUGUUUGUAUGGUGGACUCAUUAGAAGACAAUUAUUUACAAGUGGGAUACAAGCCUAUUACCUACGAGUAUCAAAUUUGCUCACGAUGAGACACUAACCAAGUUUUAUAAUCACUGGGUAGCUUACAAAAUUUUAUCGACAACCUCAAAACAUGUUUAAAAUAGCAGAAAAUGUAUUUGUGUUAGAAAGUGGGUGUGAUAAGUUCCACACAUUUGAGCCGAAGCUAACUCCUCCAAAUUCAGUUCAGCUCAAAUGUGUGAUAAAUUGAAUCAUUCCACGUUGUAGACGAAUAAAUAGCAAAUUAUUUUGUCACAUGGGUACAAAAAUGGCUCUUGAACUCGUGUUGCAUACGCUAUUUUUUCUACGCUCACUUUAGAAACGUUUUUCAUUACAAAAUAGUUUAUUUUAUUUCCGAUUAAUGUGUAGUUUUAGUGCAGAAACUGAGACGGACACCAGUAUUGUUGUUGGUAACGGUAAUUUGAGCACAAUCUUCCAAUGCCCCGUAGGCGUUUUGUCUCUAUUUUAAGUAAAGACUCUCCAUUUCUAUAUCGCUGACUAGCCCCCUUUUGUAAAUUCUUACCAAGGUGUACAUAAAUACUAACAUAAUGACUCGUGUACUUUUUUAACAUCGUUCAUUUUGACUAUGUUGUUGAAGACUUUGUAUUAAUGAGUGUACAGUUUUGUUAAAUUUUCAUUGCCAUGCAAGAAUUUAUUUUAGUGUAUCGACGUUGUUUUGUUGCCAAUGAGAUGUUUAUCGAUAAUUAAUCAAUCAAUGUUCUCUUGUAUAUAAUUUUUAGUGUUGUAUUAUAAAUAUUUGUAUGGCAAUAAUCGAACUUCGAACAUCACCAACGGGCGUUCCACACGCAGACCUCUUCCAGCUAAUCAUUUAUUGUUGUAAAUACCGAUCGUGGAGCGACUGUUAUUUCCGUUAAACCCUCAUCCACAUACUUUUAGUGAACAUAAAGCUUUAUCGUAUGUCGUAAAGUGUGUGAAAGGGGCUUUAUUUCGAAAAUUUCCGUACUUAUUUUGCGGUGCUAGACGCAUGCAGGUAAUAGGUUUUGAUGUAAAUGCACACACAAAUAAGGGCGGCGGGCCCAUAUCAAAUAACCCCGCUCCCUCGCCUAAGUAGUAAAUGUGGCUAAAAGUGUAUAAUAUGUUAGAGAAAAGUGUGCUGUGGAGAGAGAUACUCUAGUCAAUUUUGAGUUUUGUCAAUUUUAGAACAAGUAGUUAAAUUAUUAUUAGAAUGUUAUCAUGAACGCACUUGGCUAUAAAAUGUAUUUGCGACGGCUCAUCCUGGGGGUGGAAAAGUCGCUUUUGAAUUUUUCGCUUCUGGCUUGGGCUUUACGAUUGAAAAGUUAUUUAAUAAGGCGUAUGCGAGAUGUUGUAUGCACAUAUCAUAAUAGAAUUUAUACUUUCCUACAUGACUGGGUUUAAAAGUGUGUACAAUAAUUACGUCAAGCCUCGACCAUUUACACCCCUCAUUUAGCUAAACAGGAGUUCGUGAAAUAGGGGAUGCAAUAUUACUAUUUACAGGGUUCAUUUUUUAUACUGAUAUGAUAUGCCGACUCUGAUUCUUGUUCAUCGACGUUCAUUUCGUAACGAUAUCUUAUAUUUCACGAACUAAUAAUCAUUCCUCUCCUAUAGAAUAUUAAAUUGUUAUGUAUACAAAAUAUGUUUGAGAAUAUUUUUACAUUAUUUCGAAAAUUCAACCUAAAAUCAAAAUAGAGACCAUUGCUUACAAAUCAACGACAAUAUUUUUAUUUAAGAUGUUGUUUCACGUAGCUGCCAACUACCCCUGUUGUCUGUUUCGUUGCAUAUGUGAUUUAUUAAAUAAUGCGAAAAUAUUUCUCAAAUAUACGAAAAAUAUAGAUGUUAAAACUAAACUAUAAAUUAUCAGUAUUUAAUAUAGCUUCUCAAAUGGCUAGACCCUCCUAAUAUGUACUACAAAAUAACGAAUAAAUAAAUCAUUCAGUUGA